UCUUUGUCAAGAGACCUCUUCACUAUUUUGCUUCUUCAGGUGACCAUAUGGAGAUCAGAUUCCUUCCUGGUGGUUGGACCUUCAGAACCUAUUGUGGCUAUGUUGGGUGCAGAAACAGUUCUACCCUGUCGUGUGUCACCAGCCAUGAGUGUGGAGAACAUGGAGCUGCGGUGGUUUCGGUCCCAGAUCUCAGAGACUGUGUAUGUGUAUCAGGAUGGAAUGGAGCAGGUGGAAGAACAAGUAGUAGAUUAUAAGGGAAGAACAGAAUUAGUAAAAGAUUACAUCACUGAGGGAAGAGUAGCUGUGAGAAUCUACAGUCUUCGGGUCUCAGACAAUGGGAUUUAUAAGUGCUUAUUUAAAAAAGGAAAUGAUUUUGAAGAAGCCACUUUGGAGUUAAAGGUAAUAGGUCUGGGUUCUGGACCUCAUGUUUCUAUUGUAAGUCCAGAAGAUAAAGGAAUAAGGCUGAGAUGUACAGGCAAAGGGUGGUUUCCCCAACCUGAGGUACAAUGGAACAAUGCAAGAGGAGAGAAAAUGCCAUCCCUCUCUGAGGAGGAGACCAAAGAUGAAGAUGGGUUGUACAAUAUACAGGCAUCCAUCAUUGUUGAAGACUCCUCAAACAGAGAGGUGUCUUGCUCCUUGAAGAACCCCUUCUUUGGACAAGAGCAGGUGGAAACCAUUUCUAUUCCAGAGCCCUUUUUCCCUAGGUCCUCUCCAUGGAAGGCAGCAUUUGCUGUGACAUUUUUCCUUCUUGGAAUUUUCGUGUGUUCUGUUUUGCUCCUGGCCUGGAAAAGACAACAGGAAAAUAAGAAAACACGUAAUAUCCAGGAAGAAAAAAACAAAGAAACACAAAAGAGAGAAUCACUUGAGAAACAGCUUUUACAAAGGAAAGAGUUAUAUCAGCAGGAUUGGAGAAAAGCACAGUUAUAUGCUGACUGGAGAAAGGAACAGUUCAAAGCAGUGGCUGUUACUCUGGAUCCCGAUAAAGCUCAUUCCAACCUCAGCUUAUCUGAUGAUCAAACAAAAGUUUCAAUGAAAAAUGCUCCUCAGAGUUCUGAUAUUUCCACAGAACAAUUGCAAGAGGAAUCGGAAACCAUAUACAGUGUUCUGGGAAAGAAUUCCUUUACAGAUGGGAGACAUUAUUGGGAGGUAGAAGUGAAGACAGAAGAAAACACUGAAAUAAGAUGGGCUCUGGGUGUUUGCUCAGAUACAGUGAUGAGAAGUGGGUGGUUUGUAGAAAGUCCAGAUAGAAAUUUCUGGGUGUUCGGUUAUGAAGAUGGGAAAUUCAAAGUUUUCACCUCCAAGUCUGAGUCCCUAUUGCUGAGGCAGCAACCUAGCAGGAUUGGAGUUUUCCUGGACUAUGAAGGUGGGGACCUGUCCUUUUACAAUAUGAAUGAUGGCUCUCACAUAUAUUCUUUCACUAAAAUCACCUUCUUUGGUACCCUUCGUCCUUAUUUUAGCCUUCAGGGUGCAGUCAUAUCUGUGAUUACAUGCCAAGAUUCAGAUCAUGCUGAAAAUCAAUUCAAUUCUUCUCAAAAAACAUCUGUACCUAAUGUCAGCAGUAAUGAUAUAGAUGUCCCUCAAGAAGCCAAAUCUCUACUUUCUUCAUAA